CAUAGUGUUAUCCAAACAGUCGCCUGUCUGGCUGGCUGGUUUGGCGUAUAUAUAAGGAGGAGCAUUGCUUAGCGUGAUGGCUGAGCUAAAGCAAGGGAGCACCUAGCAUUCUGGAUAGAUAGGCUGACAGACAGAAUUGAAGCAGGCAGAUCAGGGGUCAAGACUAAGUGACUAACAAGAAAGAUGCAGGCGAUCGUUGGUUUGUCGGCUGUUGUGCCCGGCACGGUAAGGGUCAGCAGCAGCAGCAGGCCGGCGGCGAGGAGGAGCAUUGUCGUCGCGAUGGGCAGCGGCGCCAGAAGGACGAUCCGUGCCUGUGCGGGGGCCGGGCUUACGCCGGCGGCGGCGGAAGUGGACUACAGCUCCAGCGUCUCGGUGUUCCCGAUGGAGGCUUGUGAGCUGGUGGGCGGCGAGGCCUGCGAGGCGCCGGAGAUGUACCCGGAGACCAAGCUCAGCGCUCAAGACAGCAGCAGCAGCUCUGGGUCUUCGCCUGCUGUUGCUGGAACAAGCGUUGUGGAGAGGGAGUACCUUUCCUACGACGACCCAAAAACGGUGUUCCCUGGCGAGGCUUGCGACGAUCUGGGCGGUGAAUUCUGCGAGGCGCCCUACCAAACAGGCGUCUCCAAGGAGUAGUGGAAGAGUAAAUUAAACAGAUCGAUCAACGCAAGAAGGAAAUCACCAUCGACCCAUUUUAUUAAUCUCCAUGUGAUAGCUAGCUUGUGUAUUGUUGAUCGUGCUGGUACAUACUUUCUCCGUUUCAAAAUACAUUUAGAUUUGUGCACUUGGAUUAAGACGGCUUUCGUUUUUAAUGUCUUACCACUCAUAUUAGGUUAAUAAUAAAUGGAUGUGAAUGUUUAUUGA